GGUAUCAUCCCUGAUUCGUAGUUUGUUUUCUUUAUUUAUUUCGUACCUUGUGGCUUUUUUGUUUUAUUAUUGAAAUUAUUGCAUAUAUCUUAAAAAUUUUAGCCAACGUAAUGCCGUAAACAAUCUAAAAAUAAUAAAAGUGCAUAUUAAAUAAACAGGAAUUGAAUGCAAGUGCAUCGAAGCAUGUCGCGUCGCGCCUUUCGAACAAAGCAGCAGCAGCAGCAGUGAAAAUUCAACGCGAGACUGCGAAGUGAAAACGGCGCCAUUUUAAGAAACAAAACAAAGCCAGAAGCAAAAGCAGAAAGCAAAACUUGAAUGCAAUGCAAUUGAAGGCGCAAAACGUAUUUGCAUAUGCUCAAAAAACAAUUUCGUUAUCGUUGUGCACAAUCAAUUAACGCUAAAACGAAAAUAUCUGAAACAGCCGUCUUUGAGUUGAAAUAUGAACAGUGGCCAAAAUGAGGCAGCAGCAGCAGCAAAAAAGGAAAAGGUUUUCGAAACGCAGCAACGUACACAAGAAUCCGGCAGUGAAAAUGAGGAAACUGAUUCCAUUACGGAUCAAUCGAGUCAAUCGAAGUCUACGAAAUCGGCAACACAAUUUAGCGUGCAACGUUCGGAUACUGAUGGAUUACGCAUGAAAAUCUCCGCCAUAAGAAACCCGCCCACAAGUCUCAUAACCCUUAACAAAAAAACAACAGCGAACAGCCGAGAAGUUGUCGCUGAUUUAGCAUCGAAUUCAUCUCGAAAAAAGCUGACAAAAGUGCGUAAAAUGAGCGACGCACCACAGCAUGAAGGGAGCGGUUGCUCUACAGAAGCAAGUAACAAGAAUAAGCAUACGGCGAGGGACAACGACACGGCGUUGUUGUCAACAAACAUUGUGAAUACAACCAAAAAGAUGAAAGUCAAACGAAAGAAAAUAUCCACGAAGAGCGGAAGCAGCAACCUCAAUAAUAAUAACAACAUCAGUAAUAACAAUAAUAACAACAGCAAAUCGAAGCGUCCUUCUGCUGCAGCAUUCAGUUCAGAUUCCGACGAUGAUUUGCCACUUAAAAUGCACUUGCAACGUGCCCCACGUCUGUUGCUCACUGCUAUUGGUGGUGUAGGAAUGCAGUCGCAGGCCGAUAACAUUGGCAUCUCUAGCAGCGACAACGAGUAUUUGCCCAACCUGGUGAAGGCAGCCAUAAAGUGUGUAGAAAGUGACACGGAAGAUACUAACAGUGUGGCAGCAGCAGCAGCUGCUAAAUCGAAGCAACAGUUGCCACAAUAUCAGUCAACGCUCUUGCAGGAUUUCAUGGAGAAGACCCAAAUGCUGAAUCACACGGGCAGCAAUGCGGCAACUCUUACAAAUCCAACUGCACAGCCAGGACAGGCGGCAACCAGCGAGAGAAGCUAUGUGCAACAGCAGCAGCAACAACAACCACAGCAGCAGCAACGCAAGCGACGCGGUCGACCCAAAAAGUUGCAGACAACUGUUGCAGCUGCCGUUGUGGCAGCCGCUGUUGCCGUCGCCGUGCCCACCAUUAAUGAAUCCGCCGACUCCGGCGUGAUAAGCACGACGCCAUCGCCCAAAAUGCAGCAGGUAGCGUUGAACGACAAUCCGAAGCCCAAGAUUGACAUGGCCUAUCUGGAUAAGCGCAUGUAUGCCACGGAGCGAGUGUUGUAUCCACCGCCGCGCAGCAAGCGACGUCAGAGCAACAAGAAGGCCAACAAGGAGGAGUUGCAACUCGAUCCAUUGUGGCGCAAAAUCGAUGUCAAUAAAAAGUUUCGCUUGCGCACCGUCAGCGGAUAUAAAAGUGAUGGCGGUGGAGGCGGAGGAAGUGGUGGUGUUGGUAGUGGCACCUCCAAUACCAUUUGCAGCAAAAUACUCGCGGCCAAAAGUGGCUAUGUCUCGGAUUAUGGCAGCGUGCGGCAUCAGCGUCACAAUCACAAUUCAGGAUAUAAAUCAGACGCCAGCUGUAAGAGUCGUUACAGCAGUCGUAGCUGCGCCAGUCGUCGCAUGAGUCGCGCCAAGAGUUGUGGCUAUCGCAGCGACUGCAAGGAGUCGUCAGGGAAGUCGAGCAAAUCAUUGCGACGUCGGAGACGGGCCUCUAUGCUGAAGAGCAGCCACGAGCCGGCAUCGAAUGCGUUGAGCGAUGACCAUGAUCAGGACAUAUUGCAGCUGGCGGGACUUUCGCUGGGUCAGAGCAGCGAGGAAAGCAAUGAGUACAUUAGCAAACCCAGUCUCAAGUGCUUGCCGAGUACAAGUGCCAGUAAAAAGUAUGGUGAGAUUAAUCGUUUCGUUACCACGGGCCAAUACUUUAGUGGAACCACCAAGGCAAUCACUGGCAGCGUUGCCGGCGGCGCAGCUGCCACAGCCUCAGCGGAAAACUUUAUGCAGAGCAAGAUGAUGCUGCAGCGCAAGAAUUCGAUCAGCGGCGACACAAUUGUGCCCAGCAGAAGUGCCUGCAAGAUCAAAAGUCGACGCUCCUCGGCGGCCAGCAUGUGCAGUAGCUAUGUGUCGAGUGCGUCGCGAAUGCGUCGUCGCCAUCGCCGCAAGAGUUUUAGUCACGCUAAGUCGCUGAACAUUGACUCCAAGCUGCUUACCGAGAUCGAUAUCAUUGCAAGCACCUUUCAUGCGCGUUGUCGCAUACAGGAUGAUCGACUGACUGCCAGCAGUGGCAAGGAGAAGCUGCUGGCAGAAGCCAACAAGCUGCAGGCAACAUUGGCGGCACCCAUAGCAACCGCAUUACCACUCCUCAAUGGCAGCAGCAACAGCGCCAUAGGCAGCAAUGGGACACCAAAUGCCGCUGGGGCCACAAAGCCAGUGAAGCGAGCUCUGAAAAAGCGCAAGCUGAACGAGCCACUGAUUGACUUUGCCAUGUUGUCGGCGAGUGCGGGCAACAGCAACAAUUUGAGCAACAAUACCAGCAACAACAAUGGCGCCAAGCGACGGCACAAGAAGUCGAGUGGCAACAGCGGCGGAAGCAACAGUUCCAGUCCCGAUGAUCACAAAUUGCCGCUGAAGAAGCGGCAUUAUCUGGUCACAACGGGCGCGGAUGUGUCCACCGCAUUUGCCAGCAAUGGGAAACUGAAUGCAGAGGCAUGGGCAGCAGCUGCAGCGGCUGCCAAGAAUAGUGCAAGUACCAAAGCCCAGGCGCAGUUCAAUGCCAAGAAGCUGACGCCCAAGAAACGCCAUUUGCUCGUCAGUCAAGAGGCAGCUCUUCCUGCGGCGGCGGCAGCAGCAGCGAGCGCAUCACCGUUGCGCAUUGUUGUGGACAACAAUUCGAUCAGUGGCGGCAAGCUGCUGGACAUUAGUCCGAGUUCGUUGUGUUCGCUCAAGCAGCAGCGUCGACAGGGAGGCAAAUCAAAGAGCUCAGCCGCAGCUGCUGCUGCAGGUGUUGCAGCCCGAGAGUUGUCCCAACAGCUGCAAUCGCCGGCGGGCAGCAACAGUUGUCCGCCGCCUGGCAUCUUUGAGCCUUCGGUGGAACUGGAGAUUCAAAUACCCAUAGCGAAGCUGAAUGAGGCGGUAAUAACCAAGUCAGAGGUGGAAUCGCCAUUGCUGGCCGCACUGGAGAUCAAGGAGGAUGCCAACAAGAAGGAACAGUGUCAGCGUGUGCUGGAGACACUGCUCCAUAAGACUGGCGGCAAUCUUCUGCUUAAACGAAAGCGCAAGAAGAUUAAUCGCACUGGUUUUCCAACUGUGCGACGCAAGAAGCGCAAAGUUAGCAUCGAACAGGCUGCAUUACAGCAGGAUCAACAGUCAGCGGAGCCAUUGCAGCCAGCGCGUGAGACUCGCAGCAGCAGCAAUCAAACGCCAGCUGUGGCCAUGGAUUGCGAGCGAGUGCCGCAAGCAGGUGAGGCAAGAGAAACCUUUGUAGCGCGCAGUAGCAAUCAGCGCACACCGCGUUUAUCUGUCGUGGCAUUGGAGCGACUGCAGCGACCUCAAACCCCAGCUAAUAUUACGGGUAACGGGCGAGGCAGACCACGUGGCAGAGGCAGACCUAAGAUGCAGCGAGCACAGCCGACACAGGCAACGAUAGAGGAGGAGCAGCCUCAACAACAAGAACAGCAGCAACCACAACAACAGCAAGAGCCACAGCAGGAGCAAGAACAGCAUUCUUUGGUUUUGGAGUUGCGACCGGCCAAGAAGCGUGGACGUGCAUCGAAGCAGUCAGAUGCUGCUGCUGCUCCCAAGUUGAAGAGGAAAUUGGAGACCAGCAUAAAGCUACCUGCGGGCAUCGAUCCCAACACCAACUUUAGCUGCAAGAUUCGCCUUAAGCGGCGCAAAAAUAUGCAGCAAGAGGAACCUAUAGUUAAGACAGUGCAUCUGCCAUCUUCCCGGCAACUACCAGAGCCGCCAAUGCCGCAGUCGAACGAUGAGCAGGCACAAAUUGAACUGGAAGCGGCCGCUAAACGUAGUGAGCAACCUGUGCCCGCCAAUGAACAUGACGUGCUGCCCGUUCAGGAGUCCUCGGCGCAUCAGUCAUUGGAUUAUGCCAGCUGCAGCGAUACCAGCGAGGAUAAGUGCAGCACGACGUCACAGCGGAAGCGCUCCAAGCUGAAGAAGAAUUAUCUGCCAGCCGGAUUAUUUUCCAAUCACUAUAAAGAGUUGCCGGUGGCCACAGGAACAGUUGCGACUGCGACGCCUUCUGCUGUUAAGCAGCCGAGCAAGAAACUUCCGGGUGAGUUGUCGGGCAGUUCCUUGCUACCGCCACCAAGCUAUUGUGAACGCUACUUCCGGCGUGCCAUCAGUGACUUUGAGUUGCCCUACGACAUCUGGUGGGCCUACAGUCACGACAAGUUGCCCACACGGCAUGUUGUGCCGUCGUGGAACUAUCGAAAAAUACGCACCAAUGUCUAUGCCGAGUCAGUGCGACCCAAUCUCGCGGGUUUCGAUCAUCCCAAUUGCAAUUGCAAGCCGCAAUCCAGUGGCUCCUGUCUGGAUAACUGUCUCAAUCGCAUGGUUUACACGGAGUGCGCGCCCAGCAAUUGUCCGGCUGGCGACAAGUGCCGCAAUCAGAAGAUUCAACGCCAUGAGGUUGCACCUGGAGUGGAGCGUUUCAUGACCACCGACAAGGGCUGGGGCGUGCGCACAAAGCUUCCCAUUGUCAAGGGCACCUACAUACUGGAAUAUGUCGGCGAGGUGGUGACCGAGCGGGAGUUUAAGCAGCGCAUGGCCAGCAUCUAUUUGAAUGACACACAUCAUUAUUGCCUGCAUCUGGAUGGUGGUUUGGUCAUCGACGGACAGCGCAUGGGCAGCGAUUGUCGCUUUGUCAAUCAUUCGUGUGAACCCAAUUGUGAGAUGCAGAAGUGGAGUGUUAAUGGAUUGUCGCGCAUGGUGCUGUUUGCCAAGCGUGCCAUAGAGCAGGGCGAGGAGCUCACCUACGACUACAAUUUCUCGCUCUUUAACCCCUCUGAGGGUCAGCCCUGCCGUUGCAAUAUGCCGCAGUGUCGUGGCGUCAUUGGCGGCAAGUCGCAGCGUAUUAAACCGUUGCCUGUGGAGGCAAAGGCCGGUGCUGGCGGCGACGGUGCUGUAGCUGCUGCAAAGGAUGCCACAAGCAGUCAAAACGGACGGCAGCGUAAACACAAAGCGAAAAAGCAUGCGCAGCGUCAGCAACAGGCGGCAAAGGAGGCAGAAGUUGUUGCACGUGUGCAACAGUUGUCGGAGAAGGAGAAGAAGCUCGUCAAGCAGUGUAGCAUCUUCCUGGUGCGCAACUUUGAAAAGAUACGUCGUUGCAAGGCUAAGAAAGCAGCGGCAAAGGCGCAGAGAGCAAGUCCUACGGCAGCUGGAGACGCUGAUGCCCCAGGACGUCGUCCAUCCACGCCAUCGUCUACUUCACUGCUCGCUGCACAGAUUUCUGCACUUUGCACGCCACGCAACAUGAAGACGCGUGGCCUAACUCAAGCUGUACAGGAUCCGGAGCUGGAGAAGAUGGCCAAAAUGGCGGUGGUGCUGCGUGAUAUUUGCACGGCCCUGGAAUCGGUCAAGAUGUUUGAGCUGCUCACCACGGUGACCAGCAAUAAGAAAAAGAAACAGCUUAAGGCGUCGCGACUCGACUUCAAAGCCAUACAGGCUCAAGUGGAGCAAGGACACUACAAAACACCGCUGGAAUUCGAUGAACAAAUGCAACAACUAUUUGUGGAAGUGCGUCAAUUACAUGGCGAGGAUGAGAUCAAAACCAAGGCAUUGGAAACGCUGAUGGCCAGCUAUGAGCAACAGAAGUCAAACAACUAUGCCCAGCUGCUAGAGAUUCUUGGCAAGCCGGAACUGCUGCAUAGCUUUAAGUCGCAGUUGCAGCAGCUGCCAAUUGUGGAGCAAACGCAGCAGGGCAACGAGCAGCUGCAUAAACCGGAUAAUGCAGGUGGUGUGGCCGUGCCACAGUUUGAUGCGUCUCAGUUGCCCAUCGUUGCUGGUGAUGAGGAGGAUGUCAUACGCUGCAUUUGUGGCCUGUACAAGGACGAGGGUUUGAUGAUUCAGUGUGCCAAGUGCAUGGUUUGGCAGCACACCGAAUGCACAAAGGCGGACAUCGAUGCGGAUAACUAUCAAUGCGAACGCUGCGAGCCCCGCGAAGUGGAUCGUGAAAUACCCUUGGAUGACUACACCGAGGAGGGGCAUCGCUACUAUCUGUCAUUAAUGCGUGGCGACCUCCAGGUGCGUCAAGGCGAUGCAGUUUAUGUACUGCGCGAUAUACCCAUCAAGGAUGAGGCAGGCAAAGUGCUGCCCAGCCAGAAGCACACCUACGAGACGAUUGGCGCAAUUGAUUAUCAAGAGUGUGACAUCUUUCGAGUGGAGCAUCUGUGGAAGAACGAGGAGGGAAAGCGUUUCAUCUUUGGCCAUCAUUUUCUGCGACCACACGAGACGUUUCAUGAGCCAUCGCGUCGAUUCUAUCCCAACGAAGUAGUUCGAGUCUCACUGUACGAGGUAGUGCCCAUUGAGCUCGUGAUUGGACGUUGUUGGGUGCUGGAUCGUACAACUUUCUGCAAGGGUCGACCUAUGGAGUGCAACGAUGAGGAUCAUUGCUUCAUUUGUGAAUUGCGUGUGGACAAAACGGCGCGUUUCUUCUCAAAGGCUAAGGCCAAUCAUCCGGCAUGCACUAAGAGCUAUGCGUUUAGAAAGUUCCCAGAAAAACUGAAGAUCUCAAAGAGCUAUGCGCCACACGAUGUGGAUCCAUCGUUGUUGAAGACGAAGAAGCAAAAGACUGAUAUAGAUGUAGCUACAACGCGAAUUAAAGUGGGGAGGCAAGAAACACGGGCAGGGCCAGCGUCAACAGGAAGUAGAAAGCAGCGCAAUGCUCAAGCUGGAACAGCUGGCGCAGCAACCGAAACAGCUGUUCAAGUGCUGACACCAACGGCUCCCAAUGGACAGGUGCUGAAAAAGAAGCGUUCACGCUUGGAGAACGUACUCAACACGAUGAAGCUCAAGUGCCUGGAUGCACAGACAGCACAAGAGCAACCCAUCGAUUUGUCCUAUCUGCUGAGUGGUCGAGGUGCCCGUCAACGUAAAACUAAUUGUACCAGCAGUAACAGCAGCAAUAAUAACAAUUCGUCAACGCCUUGCGCCUAGUGGAUGCUUAAAUGUUUAGCCAUGUACAUAAAUAUCGACUUUAGAGGCAUUGCGUACUAUUUAUACAUAAUUAUAUAUAUAUAACGAACAUAAUUAGCUAUAUAAGUUUAGUCCUAGAUCUUAAGUUGUAAAGCGCAUAAAACGGUGAUAGUAGUAAUUCUAGUUUAUAGAUUGUUAUGAACAACUUCUUGAGCAACUUAACAUCAUAUAUUGCAAUUAUUUAUACAGAUAUUGUAAUUCUUUCUAUUUCUAUUAUGUAUUGUGUAUUACGUUUAUGACAAUUAUUUAUAUUUAUACAAUUUCAUGCA